UUGCAUUGCUUGCAGAUUGCAGUUGUAAUAGGGUGCAAUCAAAUCAAGUAUUAUCCCCAAGAUAUAACCUAUGUAUAUGUAUUUUUUUGUUUUUUUAGUAUUCCAGGGUGUAUUGUAUGUACCAUUUAAUAAUUCAAUAUAUGGUAGGCCAACCAAGGUUGAAUUUAUUGUAAAGAAAAAUAAUCACAUUUUAAAUGGAGACGAUAAAAAUAAAUGCAGCUUUUCUGUGCAACUAUGAAGUGAUGCAAAUAUUGCAACAGUUGAAAGACACAACCCAAAAAAAGCAUAAGAGAGAAGGCUCCUUAGCUACUGUUACAUAUGAAACUGUUCAUUAUCUACAAGACACAGAAUGUAAAUAUCAAAGUGCACAAGCCAUACAGAAGUUCCUCGAGGCUAUGAAGAAGUUUAAACUCACGAAAACUGAGAAGCUGAUGAUGGUGAAUACUCCGCCAAGAACUGAAUUGGAAAUACAACUGAUUGUCCAAGAGAGUGAGGAACGACUAACUGAGGAAGAAGUGCAAGAGAUAAUAAGAAUAGUAAACGAAAACCUCCCUGCGAGUGACUCAUGACACAGAGCAGAGUGCCAGAGCCCUCCCUCCACCGGACUGGGAUCAGAGUAAAACAUUAUUGAUUUGUUUAUUGAGCAAAGUUGUAGAUCAGCUGUAGUGUCGAAGCGCAGGGUCCGCUUUCAUGUUCCUCAUUUUAGAUCAGCUGGUUCCUAUUUAUUCUAUUUGUAUUUCUACUAAUAAAUAAACAUUCAAUGAGCCAAUUUAAACAGCUCAGUAAUGUUAUAUUGAAAUAUUGUAUAAUUAUAUAAGUAAAAUAUAUAAUGUAUGAAUAAUAUAUAUACUUAUAUGAAUUUGUAUUCAAUCACUAUGAUAUUGAUAGUUAAGACU